GUACGUGAGCCAGGUCUUCAACCAGACAGACGCCUAUCGAAGACUGCCCAGCGAAUUCAGCCACGGAGCGCUGCUGAGCGACAACCGCCAGGAGUUCGAGCAGGAAGACCUCCUCCACACCCGGGCGGUGUCGGAGUGGUUGGCCUCUGCGCAGCCACCGCUCAACGCCUCGGACUUCUUCCACAUCAAGGUGGAGGAGCUGGGCCGGGGGCUGGGGGAGCUCUCGCGUCGUCUCUGUGAUAACAUGAACUACUGCCAGCCGCUGCCGCGGAUGCCCAAGGUGAACUCCUUCUCCAAGCCCAUCUCAGCGAGGGUCUGGGCAAACUGCUGGCGCGGCGGGGCAGCUUUGCAGGCUUACCACCGGUACCGAGCCGACUUCCAGGAGCUGGGCUACUCUCCCCACUCUUGGAAC